AUGCCUGAGGCACGCACUUUCAGCGAAUUCAUACGCAUACCCAUCAGAUUUUACCAGACCAUUGGUGAGGAUCUCUAUGAGCAUCGCUCACCAUAUCGCAUUAGACGCCUGUUGCUCAAGUCACUGCUCUAUCUGGGUUUCCUCAAUUUCAACAUACUCGUUGUCGGUGAGAUUAUUUACUUCGUAAAAGCUUUGAACUCGUUCGCCACCGUUUUGGAGGCAACCGGUGUGGCGCCUUGUAUUGGUUUUUCUUUUGUAGCGGAUUUCAAGCAGAUCGCUUUAACAGUGCACCGUCGAACCUUGCGUGAGCAUUUGGAUCAGAUGGAAGAGUCAUUUCCGAAAACCGCUAUGCAGCAAGUUGAAUACAAAUUGCCACAGCGUGAACGUGUUAUGCGACGUGUGAUGGGCAUUUUCGCGUUGCUCUGUUUAGCAUACACAUCCACGUUCAGUCUUUAUCCGGCGCUUAAGGCUGCCGUGCAAUAUUGGCUCUUGGGUGCACCCGUUUUUAAGCGUAAUUUCGGCUUUGCCAUAUGGUAUCCAUAUAAUGCCACCGAAAAGACUUGGGUCUACUGGCUCACGUAUAUGGGUCAAGUGCAUGGCGCAUAUUUGGCUGGUGUGGCCUUUCUCUCGGCCGAUCUGGUAUUGGUGGCCUCGGUGACACAGCUUUGUAUGCACUUCGAUUACAUUUCACGUUGCCUGGAGGAAUUUGCUGGCCGUUCGGAGAGUAGCAGUUCGCAAGAGGAUUUACAAUAUUUGCAAGCCUUAGUGGUGAAACAUGCCAAGUCUUUGGAGUUGAGCGAACAUGUCAACAGAAUUUUCAGUUUCUCUUUACUACUGAAUUUCCUAACUGCUUCGCUGACCAUCUGUUUUAUUGGAUUUCAAGUGACUGCUUCGUCUACAGAAGAUAUUGUAAAAUAUAUUAUUUUUCUAACAACCAUGCUGGUGCAAGUGUUUGUAAUCUGCUAUUACGGUGAUGAACUGAUGACGGCUAGUCAACGUAUCGGUGAUGCGGCCUAUAACCAGAACUGGUUCGAUUGCGACAGACGUUAUAAACAACUUUUAGCUAUAAUCAUAAUGCGUAGUCAAAAGCCCGCUUCAAUUCGUGCACCCACAUUUCCACCAAUCUCAUUUCGAACUUAUAUGAAGGUAAUCAGCAUGUCUUAUCAAUUUUUCGCGCUUUUGCGUACUACCUACAGUGGCAAAGGAAACUAG